AGGUGUUUGCGAGGCCUGUAGCAAUGCCCUCCGAUACCGCCUCCGAUCAAAAUUCCACUGAACGGAAUAUAUCUGACGAGGGGGCGCCGUUCAUCACUGCGGUGGGCUCUGAGGAAGCACCGAAGGACUCCGGAAAUUUGGUCUACCUCAUAAUUUUACUGCAUGGAGUCGGUACGCUAAUGCCAUGGAAUAUGUUCAUUACAAUAGCUCCUGAUUAUUACACUAACUACAAAAUGAAGACUUUCGACGAAAACGGUACUGCUCACGCUACCGAGUACUCGGCGAACUUCCUCAACUAUCUCGCCAUCGCCUCUCAAAUUCCUAACCUUCUCCUUAAUUUUAUUAAUAUCUUUGUGACUGUGAAGGGCGACUUAACAAAACGGAUUUCGCUUUCUCUGUUAAUUGUUGGUGCCAUGAUCAUCUUCACAAUGAGUUUCGUCUACGUUGACACAUGGUCAUGGAUGGGCGGUUUUUUUGUUAUCACUCUUCUUUCUAUAGUUCUUCUGAAUGGAGCAAAUGGAAUUUACCAGAACAGCAUAUUUGGUCUCGCAUCAGAUUUCCCCUUCAAAUUUACUAACGCUGUGAUUAUCGGCAACAAUCUUUGUGGAACUUUCGUUACUGUAGUCAGCAUCAUCACUGCCUUAGUGUCGAAGAAUACUGCAAAUGCAGCUUUCGCUUACUUUGGGAUCUCAUUAUUUACCCUUGCCAUCUGUUUCGCCUCGUUCUUCGUUCUUAAGCGACAGAGAUUCUAUCAGUAUUACUCGAAACGAGCGUUGCAAGCUAGAGCGGCCGAGGAUGCUGAAAAGAGUGGUGGAUUAAAUCCUCAAGACUAUCUAGAGGCUUUCAAGCAGGGAUGGCCGCAAAUGCUUAAUGUUUAUUUGGUGUUUUUCGUGAGUCUUACUAUAUUCCCAGGAAUUAUGGUGGAUGUCCGUGAUGAAUUGAUCGGACAAAAAUACUCUUUCAUACUACCCGAAAAACUUUUCGUACCCAUCUCAUGUUUUCUGCUUUUCAAUGUAUUCGCUUUCAUUGGCUCCAUGCUGGCAGGUCGUUAUCAAUACCCGGGACCCGAGAGACUGUGGAUGGCAGUGUAUCCGCGUUUGCUGUUCAUACCAUUCUUUGCUUUUUGCAAUUACAGACCGCUCACCAGAACAUGGCCUGUCCUCUUUCCGAACACAUGGCUGUACAUCGUCAUGGGAAUGAUCAUGAGUAUCUCAAGCGGCUAUCUCAGUGGUCUCGCUAUGAUGUACACUCCAAGAGUUGUGGAGACCUCAAAAAGCCGCAUUGCAAGUAUGAUGGCCGGAUUUUUCCUAAUCUUCGGUAUUGUGAGCGGCUUGGCGUUUACGAUCGUCGUCUCGGCAUUCAUUGAGUAUCAUUAAGUAUCUUUCCAUGUUGAUUAUCUCUUGUAAAAGUUGUUAUGUCGUGCCUGUUAUUGUUAUUUUUGAUCUGUCUGUAAAUUGACCUGAAAUCGAUCUUGCAUUUGAAAUCCUAAUCCAAUGCUUUCUAGAUCAAAGUUCACUUUGAACUAACUGCAGCGUUGAGAUGUCUUAACUUAUUGUUUGUGCUUGAAUAUUUUCGAAAUAUAGAUACAUGACCGUGUUAAGUAGGGCCUUACGCAGCCCGGUCCAGUCGUAGUCAUAUCCAUACUUUUACGACCCUAAAUCCGCCUUUCUAACUGAUCCCAUGUUCAAUGCCUGUUCUAUAUUUGUUGUAUCUUGACAGUUAUUGUUUCUAUAAUCCUUCGUACCUCAUGUGUUUCCUGCCAUGUUCUGGCUCGUAUAAGUCUUGGACUGUUCGCUGGAAUAUCGCGGCAGGAAGGGAAAUUGAGUUUCGUCAGUUUCCACCUGAUGUGGAUUCGCAUAAAUUUGUGCGACCACUUGUUGCUAGUUGCGUUUGAAAUAAAUUAUGGGGUAUUUGUGAAUUUGAAUUUGGGUAUCUUGUGG